AUGGCUGGUGUUAGCGGAGCUCUACCACCGGUUGACGUGGACAUGUUGCUGCGAAGAGCACUCGUAUUCAGCAAACUGUUCACGAAAAGUUGGGGACAUCCGAAUACGUUUAGGGAACUGAUGAAACACAAGGCUGAGGUGAUGUCUCAACGUCGAGCUGAAGAAGUUUGGAAGUCAUUGAAAAUGAAUAUGAUCAUAGAAAAGGUGAGCUGACG